CGCCAUCUGCUUUCUCGUCCUUCUCCAAUCUCCGUGUUGUUGUUCCCGGUGACGCGGCGGAGGUGUAGCCUGACGCGGGCUCUUACGUGUCGGCCAGAAUAAAAGUGGAGCUCCGGAGGCCCGGGAGUGACGAAGGGAGUCUGUAUCGCUCAGCCAAUGAGGAUGGAGUCAGUGGAGGUUCAGCAGGUGGGGGAGGCUGCUGUGACUGAGAGCGAGACCCAGCACAUCACCCAGGCACAGAUUGCUACCCUGGCCCAGGUAACCAUGACGUCGGGCCUCACCUCAGCAACAGGUCCCACAGUAACGCUGGUACAGCUUCCCAAUGGACAGACGGUCCAGGUGCACGGUGUGAUCCAGGCCGCACAGCCGUCUGUCAUCCAGUCCCCACAGAUCCAGACUGUACAGAUCUCCACCAUAGCAGAAAGUGAAGAUUCACAGGAGUCAGUGGACAGUGUGACCGAUUCUCAGAAACGCAGAGAGAUCCUGUCCCGACGCCCCUCGUACAGAAAAAUCCUGAACGACCUUUCAUCUGACGCUCCCGCUGUUCCUCGUAUCGAGGAAGAAAAGGCAGAGGAGGAUUCAUCUAUUGCUGCCGCAACACCUUCAAUCACCACCGUCACUAUGCCCACACCCAUCUACCAGACCAGCAGUGGUCAAUACAUUGCAAUCACACAGGGUGGAGCCAUCCAGCUGGCUAACAACGGUACAGAUGGAGUCCAGGGCAUCCAGACUUUGACCAUGACCAGCGCAGCAGCCGCACAGCCAGGAGCCACCAUCCUCCAGUACGCACAGACGAGCGACGGCCAGCAGAUUCUGGUUCCGAGUAACCAGGUGGUGGUCCAAGCCGCCUCUGGUGACGUUCAGGCCUAUCAGAUCCGAGCAGCCCCCACCAGCACCAUCGCCCCAGGUGUGGUCAUGGCUUCAUCCCCCGCCCUCCCUACCCAGGGCGCCACAGAGGAGGUCACACGCAAACGAGAAGUCCGCCUCAUGAAGAACAGAGAGGCAGCCCGUGAAUGUCGCAGGAAGAAGAAGGAGUAUGUUAAAUGUCUGGAGAACCGAGUGGCCGUCCUGGAGAACCAAAACAAGACACUAAUCGAAGAACUGAAAGCCCUUAAAGACCUUUACUGCCAUAAAUCUGAGUAGUUCCCAUCCUUUAACCCGAGCUAGGCUAAGUAGCAUUUCAGUUCUCUUUAAAUACUUUGACUGUUUGAUACUGCCUGCCUGGCCUUCUAGUUUGCACACAUCUGGCCAGUCCAGUUCUGCUUUUACUAAAUCCACUUCAGCAGUAUAUAAAUAUAUAUAAUCUUCCAAGUAACAGAGCACUCUAACAGCACCAACAAUUAUGUGCAGCAUCAAAUCAAAUCAGCUGGUGACAAAGGUAAACAUUAGGGCUGCACAAUAUAGCGUUUUUUGCCGCCAUUGGGUUUUGCCCUUUAGGCUAAACACACAUUGCGUAAGACUGAAAUAUUGCACUUUCAAAAUUGUUACAUAUUUUAAAUUAUGCUCUAUCUGUAGGUGCCAUUUUGUCUGAAAUGGUCCUGCUGUUAACUCUACAGCCAGACAGCCCUCGCUGUUCAACAAUGAGGAUUUUCCAAUGGCCUGGGGCCAGUAAGAAGUCGUGUUGGUCUGUAAACACAAUAAGUAGCCUGAUCUGACAAACAACACUACCCCACUCUACUCUCUGAGACUCUGAGACUUCCCCUUUGUUCAGCCUGUGUUUUUCUUUGUGUGAGCAGAGUGACAAACACAGGUAGCCUUGUUUAGCUCAUAGACAUUAUUGUAAUUUACCAUAAAACAAUAUAUACGUUGUUGACAUACAACGCGUUUGUUGUUUUGAGUAUGUUUUAAAAGGAAAAUAGCCGUUAAGAAGUGAAAUGGCAGUAAAUGUUAAAAUUUCAGUUUUAUCUGUGACGGUUACAUUUAAAUGUAACCUUAUGCUUUAAUGUGUUUAUUAAUUGCAUGUAAUAUAGUUAUCAGGAUAUCCAACGUUAACAUAUCAUUUCCUUAUAUCGUGCAGCCCUAGCUAACACGUUUCUUCAUGUAACUGUUGUAAGCCUGCGUCCUAAUGUCGAAGAUUACACUAAUACUCAUACAGGUUGGUACAACACUGUACUCAUCAUAUUCAUUGUAGUGAAACUUUAUUGUAAAAGAUUUAGGCAAAAUUAAGAGUCAGACAUUUCUGUAUCAGGUGAGGUCAGUUAUGCCAUCAACUGCCGUCCUUUUUAGGAAGUGGAGCUGUGUGUGUCAGCAGAUAGUAGAUUGUUUAAAAAAGGACGAAUUGUGGAGUCCCACUUUUAAAUUUUACUCAUUUGGUUUCCCUCUGCCACGACAACAUACGUGUAAGAUGCUAUUUAAAUCAGAUAAUGGGCAAGUUGAGGCAAAGUUUUAAAGAAAGAUUUUGUUUUCUACAACCCUGGGGGUUGCAACAAAAGGUGCUUUUUUUUUACUAAAUGAAAUCAAGUCUGAAUUUAAAGUUAAAACUUCUCAAGACAAAUCACAAUUUCAAGUGUGUUCAUAGAUAACUAAAGGUUACUUAUAAAUCCCAGCUCGCUGUCUCCCAAGAUAUAACUGGUUGAGUAAAAUGUUGUUGUACAAAAUGAGAGUCCAUCCAUCCAUCCAUCCAUCUAAUAAAAUAUUAUCCAGGUUGUACAAAAAACCCUUAAUCUUUUCCGAGCCCACCUUUAUCUUACUGUGCCACAGUUAAUGUCAGUUUGUCUUCAAAAUAUGACCGUCUUGAUCAAAAAUAUGUUCCUCGACAUUUCAUUUUUCCAUGUUUUACAGUAUCGUGUCUGUUGCAACAUCUGUUAGAUGGUGGUAAGAUAUGGAUUGGGUGGCUGUAUGACCAUACAUUUUUUGUAGCAGAUUCUUUAUCAAAUCUACAUGAGAAAUAGGCUAUACAUGAAUUCAACACUAAUAAUCCAUGAAAAUGUCUGUUCUGUUUAAAAGAAAUCACUUUUAUGGAAGUGUACGAAGUUUUUGAAAAGAUAAAUGUACGUGUUUGUCAUUUGUUGUUUUUUUAUAUAACUGUAUAUAGACUCUACUGCAUGUGUAGACCUGUUUUUAUUUUUAUUUGAUAUGGAAAAUGUUCUUAUGGCUUGUAUGAAACUAAUUUUGCAUAUUUGUAAAAUGUAUCAAUGUAAAAUUUAAGACAAUGUAUGUGUGUAUUCAUGUAAUCCACCAGGCCUACCGCAGUCAUGGCAGCUAAGUGUAAGAGAAGAGGCCUUUGUUGGAGAUGUUAUAUUUUGGAGUGCGGUACUCUGUUUAGGAUGAACUGUGUUUAUUUGUAGAGAGUAGAGGUGGUCUAAUGAGAGCAGCCAGGAACCACAUACAACAUAUAUCCUGUAAUUUCUUUAUUUUUUUUUAACUGCAGAAUUUGUGUUGGCUUAAGACUCAUCCGUACAUGGUUAUGAUCUUAACUGUAAGCAACCUAUUACUAUAUCUUCCAAUUCAUCUAAUGAAAGCACAAUUUUCCCCCUCCACUGGAGCCCUUCUUAUGUUUGUUUACUUGUUUCUUUAUAUCACUUUUUAAAGAUCACACGUUCAUUCUAUGAGUUUUAUUUUUGUAGUUUAAAACAUUUUUAUAUUGUAAAGUAUGUAUUUGUAAUAUAUAAAGGAUGAAUGGGUUGAAUCUGCUAAAAAAAUCAAUCACAGCAGCAUCUCUUACUUUGAGCAAUUCAGAAGGUGUUGAUGGAUUUGCACAUGUAGACCGACAGAGAGAGAAAGGAGAGGAAAUUGUACAUUUGAUUAAAGCACUUAUUAGGAAAUAUCUGUAUAAAGAGUUUACAUAUGUUUGUUUGUUUUUUAAGUGUAUCCUGAAAAGAAAUAUGAAAACCAACUCCUGUAAUUCACACAUCCAGCGAUGGUGCAGAAAAAAAAAUCUUGUAAUAAUCCUUUUUAUAUACAUAUAGUGAGCUCAACUCUUUCCAACAAAACCUAAAGUGUUUUCAUUUCUGUGCCAGAACAGUUCAUGCCCACCGGGCUCACUUGUGCAUGAAACAGAUUGUUAUACGUGUAUGUAAAACUAUGUAUAUUCAGAAUUUCUAGAAUAGUAGUGACAUUUUUCUAACUUUUAUUGUGAUCAGUUUAUAUAUUGAAACUUUUACAAGUUAUCAAUUUAAAAUUCUAUGUAUCAUAUAGUAUCUUGUAGAGACAAGGUCACUAAAUAAGGUGUUACAUACCAUUUGUUUGAACAUUGUUACAUUACAAAACUAUACCAGCCCAUUAUUGGUAAAUGAUGUUUCUCUGAGAUCACACAACUCUUUUGUUAACACUUGCUAUGUUGCAAUAAACUGCUCUUGACGACUGUUAAGCAUUUUUUUGCUGUUCAAAUAAGAUAAAAUAUGAACAAUUCACUAAUGACAGACGUUGAUGAACCAUGAA